AACAGCAACUUGACUGACUCGGAUUUGUGUAGUUGGGCAGGAACUGUCAGUUUUUUAAGGGUUUGAGAGGGCUGUGGGGCCUCUUUCGGCUUCUUUUUCUUCUCUCGGUAGCAUUGCGUUGAAACAGAUCCGAAAAUGGAGGUUAUAGUGGCGAACGUCGACAAAAUCACGUUCGAUAUAGAGACACAGUUGGAGGAGCAAGUGGGAGCCCAACUUCUGCCUUUCCCCGGCAUGGAUAAAUCUGUGGCUGCAGUAUGCACAUUUUAUAUGCGGGGAAAUUGCAGCAAAAGCGUGAAUUGCCCUUUCCGACAUGUGUGUGGAGAUAGGACAGUGGUGUGCAAACAUUGGCUUCGAGGUCUUUGCAAGAAGGGAGAUCGUUGCGAAUUUCUUCACGAGUACGACAUGUCAAAGAUGCCUGAGUGUUAUUUCUAUUCAAGAUUUAAUGCUUGCCACAACAAGGAGUGUCCCUUUCUUCACAUUAAUCCCGACAUGAAAAUGAAGGAUUGUCCGUGGUACGAUAGAGGAUUCUGUCGCCACGGCCCACAGUGUAGGAAUCGCCACGUUCGCCGUGUACUGUGCAUGAACUACUUUGCUGGUUUCUGUCCCGAUGGUUCUAAUUGUAAAUUCAUGCACCCAAGAUUUGAACUGCCGCAAGUUACAGAUGACAAGCAACAGCCUCACAAGAAAUUAGGAAUAACAUGUCAUUACUGUGGAGAGGCCGGCCAUAAACUGUCUCACUGCUUCAGAGCAAAUCCAGAGUUGCGGGAACAAAAUGCCAUUAUUAGCUUAGCAUCAGGUGGCCCAAGGACACAACCUGGAAAAGAAAACUCUGGACCCGAUACUCAAAAUGAUGGAAGCAAUCGCCUGGAUAAUAUUGUUUGUUUCAAGUGUGGACAGCAAGGACAUUUUGCCAACAGAUGUUCGAAAGGACAGUUUGCCUUCCUCAGUUCUGGAAAUUAAUUUAUAUCUAACUUCUUUCUGGAUGACUUUGUUACAAAUGAUUUACAUGUGCAUGUAAUUUUUAAAGAGAAUGUUGAUUAUAUAUUUCAAAUAAAUGUAUUCUGCAAGUUUUGUGAAUGUGGCUGGAAGAGUGAAUAAACUUGUGAUAUAU